AUGGAGGACAUCGACCAUCUCGAUGACGGAGGGGCGGGAAGCGGCGUCGGCUCAUCUUCCCCGUCGGCCUUCUCCUCUUCGGCCUCGUCGUCCGUAGCGUCGAGCCUGGCGUCAACACCCGGAGCCAGAGGUUCGGCGAUCGAAUUCAAUCACCUGAAUGCCCCGGCGAUGGUGGCGGUGCUCGGUCCCUCUGGUGGUGGCAAAACCACCUUCAUCAGGACUGUGUCAGGCCAUGCCGACCACUCGGCUUACAACAUCAGAGGUUCGGUAGUGGUCGACGGUCAGCCCCUGACACCCAAGCUGGCCAGGGAGUUCGGGUAUGUGCUGCAGCACGAGAAGCUGCACCCGAACCUGACCGUGUGGGAGGCCCUCAUGUUCUCCGCCCUGCUCGGCCUGCCGCGCACGCUCAGCUACCAGCAGAAGAAGCAGAGGGUCAAGCAAGUCCUGCGUGCCAUCGGCCUGCUCAAGGUGAAGAAUUCGAUGAUCGGCGACACAGAGGAGGGUCUCUCGGGCGGUGAGCGCCGGCGCCUGGCUAUCGGCAUCGAGCUCCUCAAAAACUCCAAGAUUCUGUUUCUCGACGAGCCGACGUCGGGUCUGGACGCGCACUCAGCCUACUACGUCAUGGAGCUCCUGCGCGAGCUGGCGAUGGACAACCGGCUGGUGAUCACCUCCAUCCACCAGCCGCGCGAGGAGAUCUUCCAGAUGUUCACGCACGUGAUGCUCUUCUACGAGGGCCGCAUGCUCUUCUUCGGGUCGCAGCAGCAGCUCCAGGCCUUCUUCACCCUCCACGGCCUCGUCGUGCCCAAGGGCAUGUCCUCCGCCGACUUCAUGGUGGACCUGGCGUGCCGCGGUGAGUUCCCGGAGUGGGACGAGAGCGAUCUGCCCCAGGUCACGGAGGAGGGGGAGGAAGAGAGCUCGCUCGAUGCGCCGGAGAGCAGCAAGGCCUCGGGCUUCGUGGAGGCCGACCUGAGCGCGGCGGCCAAGAAGAAGCAGCAGCAGGCCGGCAAGGGGAAGAACGGCAAGUACGCACAGCUCCAGGAGGACCAGGGCCUGCCCGAGCUGGGCCUUGAGGACGACAGCUUCCUCAAUGACGACUUCAACCAGGACGAUGACGGGCAACAGGGCGCCCCCAUCAGCAUGCAGUUCCUGGUGCUCAUGUACCGCAGCAUGUUGAUCAACGUGCGCGACGGAGCCAACAGCUGGAUGCUCCUCUUCAUCGGCGCGGCCGUGGCCACCGUGGCGGCGCUCAUGUUCCGCUACAUCUCGACCUCGGACUUCCUCUUCCUGCGUAACGCCUACUUCCUCGGCUGCUUCUACGUCGUCGAUCUGCCCUCCUUCUCGCUCCACAGGUGGUACACCGACAACGAAUUCUUCCGGCAUGAAUUGAAUAACGGCUACUACCGGCUGUUACCGCUGUUCAUCGCCGAGACGAUCGUGACCGACCUGCUGAAAUACUUCUUCAUCGCCCUCACCUUCUCGUCGAUCUUUUACCCGAUCGUGCCGUUCGACCACUCCUUCGACGGGUGGCUGUACGCCUUCAUCAUCUACUACCUCGGCGCGCAGUGCUUCAUCUCCGUCGCCCGUAUCCUCACCUGCACCCUCGUGUGGGACGAGUCCUACUCGCACAGUGCCUACGGUUUCUGCGGCGUGGUGAUUGGUCUGACGUGCGGCGUGCUCGUGCUGCCGAGCGACCUGCCUCCGGUCUACAACUGGGCCUACGCGAUCAACCCCAUGUCCUACAUGAUCAACGGCCUCACCCUCCACGAGUUCAAGGGCCGGCUCAGCGGAGAGGACGAGAAGAAGCUGGACGAGCUCUGGCCGCAGAACCCCUGGGAAAACGUCGUCAUCGUGUUCUGCUACUAUCUUCUGUUGCGCGUGAUCAUUUUCCUAUCCAUGUUCUGGAUCAAGCGAAACCGUCCGUCGCUCGGCUACUACAUCAAGCGCUGCUUUGGCAGUCGAACCAAGCCCGUCUACCACUGA